AUGGCCGACAUAGACAACACCAAAGAUCUCACCAAGUUCAAGGCCCUGAGCUUCGACUGCUACGGGACGCUCAUAGAAUGGGAGCCGGGCCUGAUCCAAGCCCUCCAGCCUGUCAUCAGCAAGCUGCCGCCGGACCACCCCUACGCCAAGGACCCGCAGCUCGCCCUCCUCCGCUUCGACCACUUCUCCAACGCGCUCGAGAACGACCAGCCAACGCUCAGGUACGACCUGAACCUGACCACGGCGCUGCAGCAGCUCGCCGCCGACGCCGGGCUGCCGGACGGCUCGCUGGCGCAGGCGGAGCUGGACGGCAUGGCGCACGGCCCCGGGCGGUGGCCGGCGUUCGCGGACACGAUCGAGGGCCUGGCCACGCUCAAGAGGCACUACAAGCUGAUCAUCCUGUCCAACAUCGACAACGCCAACAUCGCGGCCACGACGGCCGGGCCGCUCGCCGCCGUCCCCUUCGACGCCGUCUACACGGCCGAGGACAUCGGCAGCUACAAGCCCGCGCGCCAGAACUUCGAGUACCUGUUCCGGCGGGCGCGCGACGAGCUCGGCGUUGAUGUUGAGAAGGGUGAGCUGCUGCAUGUCGCGCGGAGCCUGCGCGUUGAUCACAGUGCUGCGAAGGCGCUUGGGUUUAGUAGCUGUUGGAUCUCGAGGGGUGGGGAGAAGAAGGAUGGGCAGGGGAUUGGGGGCGAUUAUGAGGCCAUGGUGAAGGAGGGAAAGGUCAGUUUCCAGUGGAGGUUUGACACGAUUGGGGCCUUUGCGAGGGAGGUCGCGAAGCAGUUUGGUGAUGAGUAG